AUGAUAGAGACGUGGGAUAUUGUGUGUCUUCCUGGAGAGGAAACCACCAUGAAAAAGACUACAGUUGGCCUCAAACGACUCCAUGCGACCAAAAAUGACAAUUAUACGGUUGUACCUCAAUGGAUAAUUGUUAUGUACAAUAAAGAGUUCUUUGGGAACUGCAUGGCUCACCCGAACACAAAGAAGAACGAGGUGGAUCGUUUUUGCAUUGAUUGUCUCUCGUCUUUGUGCUGUCACUGUCUUCCGUUUCACACUCGCCACAGAUAUGUUAAGAUUCGUCGAUACGUCUAUAACGAUGUGAUCAAUCGCCAUGAUUUGAGCAAACUCUUCAACUGUUCCGGCAUUCAAACUUAUCAUACAAAUAAAACCAAAGUCCUGUUCUUGAAACAAAGGAAUCCUCAUCAACAACAACAACCGCAACAAAUUAAUUCAAAGGAUUAUGGUUGCAUUAUUUGUGACAGAAAUCUACAAGAUAAUUCACUCUAUUGUAGUAUUGCAUGCAAGGUCAAUGAAGAUGAGGAUAAAGAAUACUUGACACCACCAUCGCCCAAGAGGCAAAAACAAAAGCGAUCAAGAAAAGGGAUUCCACUAAGGGCUCCAAUGCUGUGA